AAAACAAAUCUUCACAAGCGCGCCCGCGCACGCACACGUUGAGCGGUGCAGUGCAGUCAUCUCGCCCGUAACACUUCAGCGACCACCGCGCAGCAGCUAGCGAAGCUGCGGCGUCGUCGGCAAUGGCAGCGACUCUUCAGUUCAUCAGCCUCCUCGGCACCUCCUCGCCCCAUCCAGCUCCUUCCUGCAGCAGCAGCAACACCACCAGCAACGAGAAGCAGCAGUGCCGUUCAGUCCAUUUGCCGCGGCAGCAGGGGAGGGGGAGGAGGCUCCGCGCCGCCCGCGCCGUCGAGACGGACGCCCCCAGCGCCAACCCCGAAACGGCGGUUGAGCCGGUCGAGCCGCCGUCGGUCGACUUCGCGUUCGUCAGCCCCCGGUUGCUGCCGGACGGGACGCCGGACGUGGUCUACCGGACGGCGUGCGGCGGGCAGAAGCUCAGGGACAUCAUGCUCGAAGGGUACAUCGACCUCUACGGGCCUUACGACAAGCCUCUGUCAAACUGCUCAGGAGGCGGCGAGUGCGGGACUUGCAUGGUGGAGGUAGUAGAUGGCGGUGAAAUGCUUUCACCAAAGAAUGAAGUGGAAAAGGAAAAGCUUAGAAGGAAACCCAAGUCGUGGAGACUAGCGUGCCAGGCUACGGUUGGCAAACCAGAUUCAACAGGACAGAUGGUCAUCCAGCAGCUGCCGGAGUGGAAAAUACACGAGUGGGACAAGUAACAAGUGUGUAACAUUGUGGUGAUUAUGCAGUAGAUUUCAUUGCGGUAACAGAAUGACUGGGGUAUGCUCCCAUUCCGAAAAAAAAGUAGAUUUCAUGUAUCUGGAAGAAUCAAACAGGAGCAACAGAUGAUCAGGAGAAGAACUAGACUUUGACAACGGGUCGAAGCCUCAAGGAGUAUAUAUAUGGAGUACAGAGAGGCAUGCGAAAGAGUCUCUUAUCAUUCUAGUAUAGUCGUAUAGCGCAUGUCACAGGCCCAACAAUCAAACCCUGUGUAUAAUUUUUCUUCAUGGAUGUAUCAUUUUCCAACGACA